GGGUGGGGCAGCUGAGCCUUAUAGAAUCCAGUAGGAGGCAGUUGCUCUGCAGAUCUCCAGCUAGACAGAACCCUUACCUGUUCUGAGAAGUCAGAAGCCUGCCUGAUAACUCUCCUAGCCCCGACCUUCACCAGGCCAGAAAAUGGAUCAAGGCAACAUGUCUGAAAGAGACAGAAGUGACUUCAAUUUCAAGAGUGGGCAGCCAAGUCAAUUGCCCAAGUCGUCCCAGAGCAAAAGUGAUGAUCCCCAGGCUGUGAAGCAGGAGUUUGUACACAUUAAGCAGAAAGUCGAUGCCCUGCUGGAUCACCUAGAAAACAUCAUGAAAGAACCUGCAAAGUUGCGUGAGAUGAUGAGGGCAAAGGAGAUGGAACAGGAGCUGGGCAGCAGGAUCCCGAAGAAACCCAAGACAAAUGAGGAGACACACGCUGAAAAUAACGGGGCAGUCGGUGGAAACCAGGUUUAGUUGGCGCCAGCCUGGAGGAGGAAGAGGACCCUGAAGAUCCAGGCAGCCAAGACCAACCAGGGCUGUUCUGCCAGGGCCAGCCCCACUCCCUGUGACCCCUGGGCCUUCUCUACCAAGGCCAGCAUGUGCUCCCCACUGUCCUAUGUCUAACAGGUCCCUCAGCUGCCCCUCCUCUGCCUUUCACACUUUCCCACUUCUUGCAAGUCUCCCAGGAGAUAGAGUAAAACCGCAGUAGUUUUGCUUUUUUAACUUUGACGCUUGUAUUCAUUUGAUAAUUAAAAAGUAAAUUGUUCCUUUUGCA